UUUUUUAUGCUUAAACAUGACAUGAGAUGAGUCAAAAAAAGCAUAAAAAAAUCUCUAGGAGUCUAAAAAAAAGGUGAAAUGCGCGAUAUGUGGAUCGCUCAACGGAAGAAAGAUCUAAUCUUAUUAUGUGUAGAACCUCUUUGGACAACAACUAGUCAUUUCCAAUAGAAAGUAUGUAUUGUCGUAAUCUAAUAUAAUUAGAAUAGCGGAACGGCUUUCUCUUCUCUUAGAACAGUAAAAGUAAAGAAAGAGGGAAACAAAUAAAGAAAAAAAGAAAAAACCAAUUUCAGAUUUUUUCUUUUUGUAAUAUCCAUAAUUCUGGUAAGAGCUGGUUUAUCAAAAUAGAAUAUUUAGGAAGAAUUCGGUUGGAAAAAAUUUCCUAUCAUGCGUAGAUUUAGGUUUCGAAAUACAACUAUAGUAAUCAUUCAUUCUUUGAUCGAAUGGUUAUUAUUCAUUAUUGUAUUUUCUUAUUCAUUACUGUAUUUCAGUAUAAUUUUGAAACAGAGACAUUCUUUUUUUAAAGCUUUGCAAAACGAUCAAUUAAACAAUUGAUAGAAUUCAAUUACUCAAUCGAUUACUCGAUUAGUAGUACCCCUAGAGUCCACUCCUUCCCCAUACUACGAGUGAGAGGGAAAAUGUAAAGACUACCAUUAAAGCAGCCCAAGCGAGACUUACUAUAUCCAUAUAAAUUAUGUCUCCUAUCUCUAUGAAGGAAUUAUUCCAUUAUUGAUCAAUAAUCAUAGUGGAAUCAAUGGCGCAGAGUCAAAAUGGAAUUCUGACUUAACUUAAGGCUAUUGAUGAACCAAUCCAAUGAAUCUACUCGUAACAAGAUUAUAAGAUUUCUGGUAGAAUCGGGAAGCAUUAAGCAUAAAUACAAUACACACACCUUUUCUCGGAAAAUGAAAUAACAAAGGAAUACUCCUAUCCCAAUGGAACAUGUAGGAGUACUAAGACCUAUUGUUUGUUACCCUUUUUCAUAAGCAAAAGACAUCAAAAUAUACCAUCAAGAUAGAUAACUAUCUAUCAGAUACCUCUAUUUCCUAUUUGAUCUAAGCCUUACUGUUUUUUUUGUGAAAGAAUGGGGAGACACCAUCACCAGUAUUACAUACAUUCUUUCUUUUUUUCGUAAUCCCCCUAUCUUACACGGGCAAAGAAAUUCCUACACGGGCAAAGAAAUUUUUUUGUUUCUUCAACUUUUACUUUUACUCUUUACUCAAUAAGAGCCGACCAACUAUCCUGAUUGAAUGUUUGAGUACUCAGAGACUCUCGUGAGUCUGGAUACAAAGUAUCUUCAGUCCUUUCCACAACUUCUAAAUUGAUUUCCCAUCAGCCUAUCCAAUCGAAUUCCAGACAGAGUCAGUAGACACAACGGUGGUAGUGUAAAAUAAUUAGGAAUUCUUGAUAGUCUUUCGUACAAUCUCUUCUUCAAUCCUAGUAGCAAAAAUGGAGUGUCCUUUAGGAACCUUUGGAUACCAAGAUUUCCGACCUCUUACUUUCGUAGUUUUGAAUCCCAGAAUUUACUUUCACUAUUUAUUUAUUCUACUUAUAAAAUAAAUGUCCGAACCAAUCAUAAUCAUAUUAAAAUCAUAAUCAUAUUAAUAAGUAAGGCUUACUUCAUCCCUAUUUGUACCGGUUUGGGCCACACCCAAAGCCCGGAUUUUUAGAAAAAAAUUGACUUUCUUUAAAAAAAUUGACUUUCUUUAUAGAACUACAGAUUCUAAAAAUAAAGUAUCGAUAGGCUUAUCCUUUUGCCUCUCCUUCUCCGGGGACAGAAUUCGUCGAGUUAAAUCAGCAGAAUAAGAAAUCCCAAGUUUUUUGUUGAUCAGGCGACACCCAGAUUUGAACUGGGGAUAAAGGAUUUGCAGUCCCCCGCCUUACCACUUGGCCAUGUCGCCAAACCAAAUUCGAUCCAAAUAAGAUAAAAAAUAGAUUUCUGGUCAAAGACUGAAAAAUUCAGGGCAAAUUGGAACCAUUAACUAUUUGUUUUGUUGUUUUGAAUUAGCGAAAGGUUCUUCAAUUUGUAUCUCAAAUUGUUGCGUUUCCUUAAUGGCAUAACAAAAUCAAAUUGAUUUAUGACUAAUUCAGUAUCAAUUAUUUUCAAUAAUCAAUCUUUUUCAAUUUCAAUUAUAACAAUAUAAAUUAUAACAAUAUAUAUGUGUAUAUGUAAACCUCAAAACAGAAAUUGUUACACAGAUACCGCUCUUAUGUACAUAUCCCAUAUCCCUAUAGAGAAUCGUCGUGCCUUCUUUUUUCAUUUUCUAUAUGCAAUAGAAAAAAUAGGAAUUAUGAUAUAGUGCGACCUGACUUCUGUUGCCACAAGUGAAAUUACGAUAAAAGAUGUGAUAUGCGGACAGGUAGAUAGCUAUAUUGGCAUGCACUUAAUAAAUAUUACUCCUAUUACGCAAUUCAAUCAUAUUCUAUAUAUUCUACUAGCAAAAAAAUAAUUCGAAAUUUUUUUUGAACAUGAAAUGAAACUCAAAUAAAAUUAAGUAUGCUAAAAAGGGAAACUCUAUAUUGUUCCUGUUGUACCUGUCGCAAAUUCGAACUUGCGUCGAAAAUGCUCUUCAUUCCUCUGUCUCAUUUCCGUUCAUACGUAUGAAAUACAUAUAUGGUAUAUGGAGUUGGCUAAAAUUUCAUGUGAUUCAGUAAACAGAAUAUACAUUCCAUCAUUGCUAGAUCGAUCCGUAUGGUUCGAUAAAUAGUGAGCUAAUAAUGGGAUUUUUCAAUAAACAGGAAACUUAAGAUUAAGAUGCUCCGGAAUGAUGGAAAUGAGGGAAUGUCCACAAUACCUGGAUUUAGUCAGAUCCAAUUUGAGGGAUUUUGUAGGUUCAUUAAUGAGGGCUUGACGGAAGAAUUUCAUAAGUUUCCAAAAAUUGAAGAUACAGAUCAAGAAAUUGAAUUUAAAUUAUUUGUGGAAAGAUAUCAAUUGGUAGAACCCUUGAUAAACGAAAGAGAUGCUGUGUAUGAAUCACUCACAUAUUCUUCUGAAUUAUAUGUACCCGCGGGAUUAAUUUGGAAAACCGGUAGAGAUAUGCAAGAACAAACCGUUUUUAUUGGAAACAUUCCCCUAAUGAAUUCCCUGGGAACCUUUAUAGUAAAUGGAAUAUACAGAAUUGUGAUCAAUCAAAUAUUGCAAAGUCCUGGUAUUUACUACCGUUCAGAAUUGGACCAUAACGGAAUUUCUGUCUAUACCAGCACAAUAAUAUCAGAUUGGGGAGGAAGAUCGGAAUUAGAAAUUGAUAGAAAAGCAAGGAUAUGGGCCCGUGUAAGUAGGAAACAAAAAAUAUCUAUUCUAAUUCUAUCAUCAGCUAUGGGUUCGAAUCUAAGAGAAAUUCUAGAUAAUGUUUGUUACCCUGAAAUUUUCUUGUCUUUCCCGAAUGAUAAGGAGAAAAAAAAGAUUGGGUCAAAAGAAAAUGCUAUUUUGGAAUUUUAUCAACAAUUUGCUUGUGUAGGCGGGGAUCCGGUAUUUUCUGAGUCUUUAUGUAAAGAAUUACAAAAGAAAUUUUUUCAACAAAGAUGUGAAUUAGGAAGGAUUGGUCGACGAAAUAUGAACCGGAGACUGAAUCUUGAUAUACCUCAGAACAAUACAUUUUUAUUACCACGAGAUGUAUUGGCUGCUGCGGAUCAUUUGAUCGGAAUUAAAUUUGGAAUGGGUACACUUGACGAUAUGAAUCACUUGAAAAAUAAACGGAUUCGUUCUAUAGCGGAUCUGUUACAGGAUCAAUUCGGACUGGCUCUUGUUCGUUUAGAAAAUGCGGUUCGAGGAACUAUAUGUGGAGCAAUUCGGCAUAAAUUGAUACCGACUCCUCAAAAUUUGGUAACUUCAACUUCAUUAACAACCACUUAUGAAUCGUUUUUUGGCCUACAUCCUUUAUCUCAAGUUUUGGAUCGAACUAAUCCAUUGACACAAAUCGUUCAUGGGCGAAAAUUGAGUUAUUUGGGUCCUGGAGGAUUGACGGGGCGAACUGCUAGUUUUCGGAUACGAGAUAUUCAUCCUAGCCACUAUGGACGUAUUUGUCCAAUUGACACGUCCGAAGGAAUCAAUGUUGGACUUAUUGGAUCCUUAGCCAUUCAUGUGAGGAUUGGCCAUUGGGGAUCUAUAGAGAGUCCAUUUUAUGAAAUAUCUGAAAGAUCAAAAGAGGCACAGAUAGUUUAUUUAUCACCAAAUAGAGAUGAAUAUUAUAUGGUAGCAGCGGGAAAUUCUUUGGCCUUGAAUCGGGGUAUUCAGGAAGAACAGGUUGUUCCAGCCCGAUACCGUCAAGAGUUCCUGACUAUUGCAUGGGAACAGAUUCAUCUUAGAAGUAUUUUUCCCUUCCAAUAUUUUUCUAUUGGAGCUUCCCUCAUUCCUUUUAUCGAGCAUAAUGAUGCGAAUCGGGCUUUAAUGAGUUCUAAUAUGCAGCGCCAAGCAGUUCCGCUUUCUCAGUCCGAGAGGUGCAUUGUUGGAACUGGACUGGAACGCCAAACGGCUCUGGAUUCGGGGGUUUCCGCUAUAGCCGAACACGAGGGAAAGAUCAUUUAUACUGACCCUCACAAGAUCAUUUUAUCAAGUAAUGGGGACACUACUAUAAGUAUAAGUAUUCCAUUAGUUAUCUAUCAACGUUCCAACAAAAAUACUUGUAUGCAUCAAAAACCUCAGGUUCCGCGGGGUAAAUGCAUUAAAAAAGGACAAAUUUUAGCGGACGGUGCGGCUACAGUUGGGGGGGAACUUGCUUUAGGAAAAAACGUAUUAGUAGCUUAUAUGCCAUGGGAGGGUUACAAUUCUGAAGACGCAGUACUAAUUAGCGAACGUCUGGUAUAUGAAGAUAUUUAUACUUCUUUUCACAUCCGGAAAUAUGAAAUUCAGACUCAUGUGACAAGCCAAGGACCUGAAAGAAUCACUAAGGAAAUACCACAUCUAGAGGCUCAUUUACUCCGCAAUUUAGACAGAAAUGGAGUUGUGAUGCUGGGAUCUUGGGUAGAAACAGGUGAUAUUUUAGUAGGUAAAUUAACACCUCAGACAGCAAACGAAUCGUCGUAUGCUCCAGAGGAUAGAUUAUUACGAGCCAUACUUGGAAUUCAGGUAUCCACUGCAAAAGAAACUUCUCUAAAACUACCUAUAGGCGGAAGAGGUCGCGUUAUUGAUGUGAGAUGGAUCCGGAAAAAGGGGGGUUCCUGUUAUAAUUCAGAAAUGAUUCGUGUAUAUAUUUCACAGAAACGUGAAAUCAAAGUAGGUGAUAAAGUAGCUGGAAGACAUGGGAAUAAGGGUAUCAUUUCAAAAAUUUUGCCUAGACAAGAUAUGCCCUAUUUGCAAGAUGGAACACCUGUUGAUAUGGUCUUCAACCCAUUAGGAGUACCAUCACGAAUGAAUGUGGGACAGAUAUUUGAAUGCUCGCUCGGGUUAGCGGGGGAUCUGCUAAAGAGACAUUAUAGAAUAGCACCUUUUGAUGAGAGAUAUGAGCAAGAGGCUUCGAGAAAACUAGUGUUUUCCGAAUUAUAUGAAGCCAGUAAGCAAACAAAAAAUCCAUGGGUAUUUGAACCCGAAUAUCCGGGAAAAAGCAGAAUAUUUGAUGGAAGAACAGGAAAUCCUUUUGAACAACCUGUUCUAAUAGGAAAGUCCUAUAUUUUAAAAUUAAUUCAUCAAGUUGAUGAUAAAAUCCAUGGACGUUCUAGUGGACAUUACGCACUUGUUACACAACAACCCCUUAGAGGAAGGGCGAAGCAAGGGGGACAACGAGUAGGGGAAAUGGAAGUUUGGGCUCUAGAGGGAUUUGGUGUUGCUCAUAUUUUACAAGAGAUGCUUACUUAUAAAUCUGAUCAUAUUAGAGCUCGUCAAGAAGUACUUGGUGCUACGAUCAUUGGAGGAAGAGUAUCUAACCCAGAAGAUGCUCCAGAAUCUUUUCGAUUGCUCGUUCGAGAACUACGAUCUUUAGCUCUAGAACUGAAUCAUUUCCUUGUAUCUGAGAAGAACUUCCAGAUUAAUAGGAAGGAAGCUUGAUCUGAAUGAAUCAGAAUUUCUAUUCUAUGAUUGACCGGUAUAAACAUCAACAACUUCGAAUUGGACUAGUUUCUCCUCAACAAAUAAAGGCUUGGGCCAACAAAAUUUUACCUAAUGGAGAGAUAGUUGGAGAGGUGACAAAGCCCUAUACGUUUCAUUAUAAGACCAAUAAACCAGAAAAAGAUGGAUUGUUUUGUGAAAGAAUCUCUGGGCCCAUAAAAAGUGGAAUUUGUGCUUGUGGAAAUUAUCGAGUGAUUGGAGCUGAAAAAGAAGACCCGAAAUUUUGUGAACAAUGCGGGGUGGAAUUUGUUGAUUCUCGGAUACGAAGAUAUCAAAUGGGAUACAUCAAACUCGCAUGUCCAGUGACUCAUGUGUGGUAUUUGAAACGUCUUCCUAGUUAUAUCGCGAAUCUUUUAGAUAAACCCCUUAAGGAAUUAGAAGGCCUAGUAUACUGCGAUGUGUGAUUUGAUCAAAAUUUUCGUUUUACAGAUUCGGACUGAGAAACUGUCAUCCCAUUCAAUCCGAUUGGGGUGCCCCCGGCUCUGACAUGUGUUUUGGGAGAAGUAAAAGUAACACGAAACUCAGAAUUAUAGGUGUAUUCAAUACUUCCAAAUGCAAGGGGAAUUGAUCCAUGGUCGAUUCCGUAUAAAUAGGAAUUGCUAGUUAUACCUCGUGAAAAAACACUUUUUUGUGGAAUCAGCUAUUCCAUUUCUUUAUAGAGAGAUUCCGUUUAAGCAAGCAAAUAUAGUAUGGUUACAGAAGUCUAUCUAUCGCAUAUAUGCUUCAAGGGGCAUCAUGGGAUAACCAUCGAGGUGAGUAGGGACCUAAAGGAUCGAAUAGAACGAUAUAUAGACAAGUAAAUCCCUUACGAGUCCCAAAGUAUUCUUUUAAGGGGAUUCAUCAUUUGACGGGAAGUAGACUACUCAAAAAUCCUACAUUUUUAUUUUGUCAUAAGUAAUUCGGAAAAUGAAAGUAAAAAAAGAAGAAUGAAUCGUUGGUCCUUAGUGGGAACUUGAGUAAGGAGUAGUUCUUUGUUUGUAGGGUUUUUCGAACAAACUUUUUAAAUAAGAAAGAAUCCCCUUUUUGAGGUAACUACUUGAGCCGGAUGAAAGGAAACCUUCACGUCCGAUUUUAAAAGGGGGAAUCCAAUCCUACAGGAACCUAUCUCGAUUUUUCUUUUGCUAGGCCCAUAGCGAAAAAACCUACUUUCUUACGAUUACGAGGUUUAUUCGAAUAUGAAAUCCAAUCUCGGAAAUACAGCAUACCACUUUUUUUUACUACCCAAGGCUUCGAGACAUUUCGAAAUCGAGAAAUCUCUACAGGAGCAGGUGCUAUCAGAGAACAAUUAGCCGAUUCAGAUUUGCGAAUUAUUACGGGUAAUUCAUUAGUAGAAUGGAAGGAAUUAGGGGAGGAGGGGUCCACUGGAAAUGAAUGGGAAGAUAGAAAAAUUAGAAGAAGAAAGGAUUUUUUGGUUAGACGCAUGGAAUUAGCUAAACAUUUUAUUCGAACAAAUGUAGAACCAGAAU